CAAGAGACGAAGACAAGAAACAAGAUGAAUUCGAGACUUGCUGUUUUAGCUUACCUUGGUGUUUUGGUAGUUAGCAAAGCAACAUCCAAUAAAGAAUGCACCUUACCAGUUUUUGAAAAAAUGGACGUUAGCAAAGUUCCAGGUAUUUGGUAUCAAGUACUCAACUCCAAAGAUCCAGUUGAACAGCAAGUACCCUGUUUUGUAAUGAAAGACACGAAAAGAAUAUCAAAUGGUGAAUAUAUUUCAGGAGAAAUUGUACUCGCUGUUGAAAAUGGCAAAGUGAUUUCUGAUCCUAUACCUGGGCAUGUUUGGUUUCAAGGAGAUACUUCUAUCGUAACAUCCGACGAGAAAUAUGAACAUUACUUUAUAGACGAGGCAAAAAGUCACGGUGCAAAUGAGGAGGCUUUAAAGGAAGUUCACGAGUUCCACACCUUGCCUAUGAGUGAAGUGACUGAUUAUGAAAACUAUAUCCUUUUCAUGCAAUGCUCAUCUGGAGGUGAUAAAUAUGUUUGGGCGUCAAUGAGACACAAUCAUCCAAGCCCAGAGGACAUUCUUCGUAUUCACAACAAACUAGCAGAGAUUGGAGGUGGAUGGAGUCAAGUAAAAUUAUAUUUUGGUGGCUGCACAAACUUCGAAAAAAUAUAUUAACAACCGAAAACUGAUGCCAAUAAAAUUUUAGUGAAUAAAUUUGUUCAAUUAAAUGUAAUAAUUUAUUACUCAGAACUAUAACCAACUAAGGGGAAAGUGCUUUGUCAUUUUUAAACAUGGUUUAAUUCAAACUUAUUGUUCAAAUAUUUCAAUUUUAUUCAAUUUAUUUACGUGCAUGUAUAGGUCUUCCGUUUUCUUCAAUAAACAUAUUCAGAGUCACAUUGAAAAAUCUAUAAUUAAUAGGUGGAAAAACCUCUGUUAAAGAGCAAAAUUUAAUGCAUUA